AUGACUGGUGAUGCUGCUUUACAAUUGAUGAUGGCCUAUGAACAAGGUCAAUUGGAUAAUGUUACCAGUAUUGUCUUACGCGUUGCUAGACCUACUCGAAGAAUUCCAAUUUUUAUCGAUCAUUGGGAUGACACGGAAGCCAUUGUCUUCCUUACGAUCAUUCACAAUUAUGAUACGACUAUAUCUGGUGUGAUUAAAGACUCUUGGAGUCGAAUUCUUCAACGAACACUUGGCUCGAAAAAUUGCAUACCUUGUUUUCGUCCAUUUGUCCUUCGACUAGGUUUACUUGGUUAUCAGUGGCCCUUUCGAACAGGCAUCUUCUUCACAGCGUAUCAAGAUAACGUUGUAACACGUGCGGCUAAUGUCCUUCAAAGUGUAAUCGAAUGGAACGAAAUGCAAAAGUCGAAUUUGCGUUGCAAUGUUCUUCUUUUACCGGCACUUAGUACUGAACCAGUGGCCAGAGCUACCUAUGAUGCCGGAUUCUUUCCUCUACCUCUACCACCGACUCAUUUGCUCGAUUUGCGACCACAUCAUGGUAAGACAUGGGACGAAUAUAUGAAAACGUUAAAAAGAACCAAUCGUCGACGUUAUCUUCAGCAAUUUCUCGAUAAAGGUGGUAUCAUAGACGAAGUCCAUGAUUUGAACAGAAUUGAAGUGAGCACAAUGGUUUGUCAUCAAUGGGAGAAUAUUGCACGCUUUCGACAACAAAAAAACGAACCACCCACAUUAGCACAUCCGUCCGCGCGAUUUAUUGAAGCGAUGGGUCACGUAAUGAACCAAUCGUAUCGUUCAGUAGUUUUUCUUCGUUUUAAUAACGAAGUCAUCGCAAGUUCAGUUAUUUUCAAAUUUCCAAAUAAACUUUUCACCACUGAUAUUCACGGAUUGACACAUGAAAAAGCUCGACCUAUGAAAGCGUAUUUUGUUAUGCUUCAAUGGGUAAUUAAAGAAGCACUCGAUAAAAAAUAUGAUUUCGUCGACUUUGGUCCUACAACACCAGGACCUAAAAUGGAUCUCGGCUGUAUUCAGGUACCUCUGCAAGCUGCUGGCUAUUGUAGAAAUCCUAUUAUAGCCUUUGGUAUCAAGAAAUGUGGUGGACUAGUAGAUAUUUUGCACACGAAAAAAGAAUAUCAUGAAAAGAAUUCUUGUCAAGAAACAACAUGUGAACAUGAACGCUUUGAAGCUCAAAUAAACUCUUUGACAAACAGAACUCUGCAGGUGAUGACUAGUAGUCCUGCUAGUCAAAUGCAUUCUAACAAUUCUUAUAUUGUUCAACAGUUAGACGACUCUUCAGAAACAAAGCAUUCGACAUCUGCCGUGUUACAAUUAGGUAAUGUCAACAUGUUAAUGUAUAACAAUAGUUCUGGUGCUGAAGUACUGGAAGAUGUGACAGAAAUAUCAGAGAAGCAAGCAAUAUAUCUUUCGAAAAAUCAAAAGCCAACAAAAACAAAGAAACUAAUCCAAUCUGACCGCACUAAUCAAUCCCGUCAAAAUCCACUGAAUAAACAUGAUUUUCCAAAAAACAAGAAUUACGUACGAAGGAUAAGUCAAACGGAUUUUCUUUCAACAGGUGUUGAAGCAGUCAUCGAUGAACUAGAAUUUCAUAAUCCAAUAGAUCGUAUGCAAAUGCUUCCUGUGUCCGGCAAUUCGAAUAAACAUGUACCGACUAUACCUCUUUAUCAAUCUGAGAAUUUCAAUCCAUCCAAGACAAACAAUCACAUUGAAGCAAAUAAUAACGAACUAAUGAGUAAGAUUGUACGGGAAACACAAACCUCGAAAGAGACAACAACGUCAAGCAAUGACACAUACGAUCUAGUGAUCAAUAAUCAUGUACAUAAUUUUAUCGGCGAAAAAACUAUCUAG